UUUGUCUUCCUUUAGUUCAAAUCUUUUACAUGAUUAAACUCAUGAUCUAGAUCUUCUAGAUGUUUUUUGUGUUUUAAAUCGAUUUGUCUGGAUCACAUGAACAAAUAUGCAAAUUAGGCGACAACGUCAUCGAGCCGCUUCUUCCUGUUUUAAAUGAAUUUUUGAAGAAUCGGAUCAGAACUCGGCUGAAGGAAUCACUCAGAUUAAAAGAAGAACAAUGAUCAGGAGUCCCUGAACCACCGAGCCGUUCUACAGAACCCAGAGGUUCUGAGGUUCUGAUUGUUGAGAGAUUUUUAUGUGAGAAUCUGGGAUUAUAAUCUGGAUUUAACUGGAACCAGUAGCAGAAGCUAAAUUUGGAGAAAAGUGAUUUUAGUUUCCAUCAGAACUCUGUAAUCUGUUCUAGGGUUCUGUUCAUCAAACUGGGCCGACCCGGCUACAGAGAAUGAAGAUCCAAUGAACUGAUGGACUCCAGCGCCCCCUGCUGGCGGCGCAGAAGACUUUCUCUGGGAUUCAUCAGAUGUACUGAAGCCUGGAAGCAGCCAGAUCGGAUCCCAGAACCUUUGUUGGAUGUUGGACCGGACCGGUUCUGGAAGCUGUGCUUCCCACAUCCUGUCAGACGGAACAACGGAACCGCUACCUGAUGAAGACACCUGGUCUGUGGCUCCGCCCACCGCUGCAGAGCCCAGACAGGAAGUUUACCUAAACUGCAUCCUCUCAAGGUUCCUCUGACGGACCAAUCAGAAACCAGAUUAGGCUUACCUGUCAGCAGGUGACCCUGAUGAUGUCAUCCAGACAGGAGCCGGAGAUCUCUGAGCUGCACCUGAAAGCACCUCACAGAUCCUCUCCUGAACAGAUGAGUUACUCUGAACCACAGCAGACACCCUGAUUGGUUGGUAGAUUGAACUUGGUUAGGACUGGCAUCAGGAUCGAUGCAGUUCACUACAUUUCCCAGGAUGCACCUCACUUUCUGGGUUGGAUUUUUAAGCCUGAAGAGGACUUGUGUGAAAUUCUGCCCCCGGUGGUGGGAGCGCAAACUGCAGCCAGAGAGGAUCCGUUCAUUUCAGAUCGAUUUCUCGGAUCCGCUGCUGGUCUCUGUGGUCCAGUUCCUCCUCCUACGGUCCGGUUCUGCUCGGAGCGCCGGAACCAGGCGGCCUGACCGAUCGGAGAUGCCGGUUCGGAUCCCGGACGACUCGGACUUCUCCUCCUUUAAGGAUCAGUGUCUGAGUCCGGACGGAUGGAGCAGCCGGUACCACAAGGGCGGAGUGACGGUUUGGUGCCGCGAGCAGGACAGCAGCUCGGUCCAGAAGAUCAAGAUGAGGAUCGUGUGCAAAGACGUGACGGCAGAGACGCUGUACGACGUCCUCCAUGACACCAGCUACCGUAAGAAGUGGGACACCAACAUGAUCGACACCUACGACAUCGGCAGACUGACGGUCAACGCAGACGUGGGAUAUUACUCCUGGAAAUGCCCGACGCCUCUGAAGAACCGAGACUUUGUGACGAUGCGGUCUUGGCUUCCGCUCGGCAGCGACUACAUGAUCAUCAACUACUCCGUCAAACACCCGCAACAUCCUCCUAAGAAGGACUAUGUCCGAGCCGUGUCUCUGCUGACGGGCUACCUGAUCCAAUCCAACAGUGCCGCCAGCGCCACCCUCUACUACCUGACCCAGGUGGACCCCCGAGGCUCUUUACCAAAGUGGGUCGUUAACAGAGUCUCUCAGUUCGUGGCUCCGAAGGCCAUGAGGAAGAUCUACAAGGCGUCUCUGAAAUACCCGGAGUGGAAGCGGAAACACGACCCGACCCUGAAGCCGUGGAUGUACCCGGAGCAGAACACGCUGCCCUCCGUCAGCCCGGCGGACCUGACGCUGCAGCGGGCGGACUCUCUGGAGAACAUCGACGAGAGCGGCGUGAGCGAGGAGAAGGCGCAGCACAGCGACGACGAGGAGACCUAGGAGUUUGUCUUCACUGAGGGACUGUCCUCCUCUCACCGGCUGGCUGCUGGUUUGCUUGAUCACCUCCAGCUGGAGACGUUUCCCAGUCCUCCAGUGUCUGUCCCUGUCCUCUGCCUCCACCCCUUCUGUCCACACGCUGACCUCUGAAUGACCAAACUGUCCGCUGACCUCUGUCUACACCAGGGGUGUCCAAACCUUUUGUCCUGUAGGUCAAAAGUAUUAAAUAGGCCAACAAAAUAAAAACACAAAAUAAAGCAAAUACUCAUCCAAUAUUUUUGUAGGUUGUUCACUGUAGAUCCAAACAUGAAAGGAUUUUGCUGUAAAAGAGAAACAUCUAGUUUACAAAUUAUUUGAUAGCAAAUUGAUUCUCAGUUAUAGGAACAGGAUGUUUUCACUUUCCUUCAAAACAAAUGAAUAAAUAAAAAAAGCUGAUUUUGUUGCAACAAAGUCGGCUUUUCAGUGAAAGUCUGUAGAAAAACGUGGCUCUACUAAUUAUAAAACUUUGUUAUAAAAACACUAAUACUGUGUUGUACUUAUUUUUUCCAUUGUAAGAAAAACAUCAUUUUCAAUGAUAAUUGAUUACAAACAAAAAGUCUUCAUCUGCGCCAGCCGGGUCACAAAAGAUUAGAUGUAGGGCCACAAAUGGCCCCGGGCCGCACUUUGGACACCCCUGGUCUACGCCAUGUUCAGGCUGCCUGUCCUCUCAGCUUCUCAACCUUUGACCUCAGAACCUCUAAGCUCCAGGUUUUCUAAUGAAGCGUUUUGAUCAUAUUUUCCCAAACUGUAGUUUUGUUCCAGUGAUCUUCUAGUUUAAAUUCAAUCCUAAUAAAUUAUAAUCAGUAAAUAAUUAUUUUGUAGAUCUUUCCAGACUUCCUGUGAAAUUUAAGGAUGCUUCAUGUGUUGAACUGAAACCGCUUUAAUGAAUGAAACUGAAACAUUUUUUACCUCUAAGACCAAAUUAAACUGUUAUUGAUUAGAAAGCUGAUCAGUUCGAUACGCGUGUGAUCAAUAAAGGUUCCUGUACCUCCGUC